AUGGCAGCUGUUGCAACCCAGGAGAUUGCUGACUUCAGCAUCAAGCCUGAGUCGGUUACUCCCAGCAUUCCUACCUCUGAGUGGCCUUUGCUUCUCAAGAAUUAUGAUAAGCUUCUCGUUAGAACGGGUCACUUCACUCCAAUUCCAGCUGGUUGCACACCCCUAAAAAGAGAUUUGAAGUCAUACAUUAGCUCUGGAGUUAUCAACCUCGAUAAACCUUCCAACCCAUCGAGUCACGAGGUUGUCGCAUGGAUGAAAAGGAUUCUUCGAGUUGAGAAAACCGGUCACAGUGGUACUCUUGAUCCCAAAGUUACUGGCUGCCUGAUCGUCUGCAUUGAUCGUGCAACUCGUCUCGUCAAGUCGCAACAAGGUGCCGGAAAGGAGUACGUUUGUGUUAUCCGUCUCCAUGACCGAAUCCCCGGUGGCGAAGCUCAGUUCGCUCGCGCCCUCGAAACUUUGACUGGUGCCCUCUUCCAACGCCCUCCUCUGAUUUCAGCCGUCAAGCGUCAACUCCGUAUCAGGACUAUUCACGAAAGCAAAUUGUAUGAAUUCGACAAUGACAGACAUCUUGGUGUUUUCUGGGUCAGCUGUGAAGCUGGUACUUACAUUCGAACUCUCUGCGUUCAUCUCGGUUUGCUGCUCGGUGUUGGAGCACACAUGCAAGAACUUCGUCGUGUCCGCAGUGGUGCUAUGGAUGAACAAGAUGGAAUGGUCACUCUGCACGAUGUUCUCGACGCACAGUGGUUGAUGGACAACCAGCGUGAUGAGUCCUACUUGCGAACGGUCAUUCGCCCUCUCGAGAGUUUGCUCACCACAUACAAACGUAUUGUUGUCAAGGACAGUGCAGUCAAUGCCGUAUGCUAUGGUGCAAAGCUAAUGAUUCCUGGUCUUCUCCGUUUUGAGGCCGGAAUUGAAGUCAACGAAGAAGUCGUCCUUAUGACAACCAAGGGUGAGGCCAUCGCUCUCGGAAUCGCACAGAUGUCUACCGUCGAGCUGUCGACCUGUGAUCAUGGUGUGGUUGCCAAGGUCAAGCGAUGCAUUAUGGAGCGUGACCUCUACCCUCGCCGCUGGGGUCUUGGACCAGUGGCCUUGGAAAAGAAGAAGCUCAAGUCAGACGGAAAGCUUGAUAAAUAUGGUCGUCCCAACGAGGCCACUCCCGCCAAGUGGCAGAGCACAUACAAAGACUAUAACGCCCCCUUAGAGGAAGGAGCUGCUGCACAACCCGCUGAGAAGGCAGAGGAAGUUCCUGCUCCUUCUUCCCCGCCGUCCAAGAUGGAUAUCGAGGAGGAGACAAAGGACGACGAAAAGAAGAAGCGCAAACAUGAAGGCGAAACACCAGAGGAACGUGCGGAGCGAAAGCGCAAGAAGAAGGAGAAGAAGGAGAAAAAGGAGCGACGAAAGUCCAAGCAGGAGAAGGAGGAAAGCGAUGACAGCGAUUAA